CCCGGCCCGGCCCCUCGGGUCGCCUCGGUCCCCUGUCGGACAAGAUGCCCUCUUCAAAAAUGGGGAAAUGAGGUCUCCUAGGAGCGCGAGCCGGGUGGUCCCAGGGUCCCCGACUCGCCCCCACUCUUCGUGUAUCCUCUCAGAUCCCGAUCCCUUGGUCACUCCUCUAGGCAGACGAGAAUGGGAGGAGUCCUGGUCCCCAAGAACACGAAUUGUGCCCAAGUUCCAACCCCUAAAAUUCCCCUUCCCUGGGAGUGGGGACCAGAAAUCCAUCCAGUUCCAACUUUCAGUUAAAACCAAACCAGAUUCUCCUGGCUGUCAGUCCACACUAGGUCUCACUUUCUUGAGCUUCUUAGAUGCAUUACCUAAGAUGCACGUAACCUAGGGGAAAAUUCCUGAAAGAUUGUCCUGGAGACAACUGUGGAGCAAUAGGAAGCUAUCCUUGCUCAUCACCAACACGUGCCUUUUGUUGUUGGAAGCAAAUUACUAGAGUGGACAAGUGAAAGCCCUGACCCCUUUCCCUCCCGCCAGCCUGGAGGGGAAGUUGCUCCUUCUGGGAAUAGGUGAAGCAAGAAGUGUACUUUUCCAGAGGCUGGGGAAAAACUACUGAUACACUUGCCUCAAGCCAUCUCUUUAUUCACAGUGGGUUUUGGUGCAGCUGUGGAUUUGGCUCUUAGUGUGACCGGUAUUGUGGUGCAGUGGGAGGUGUUGUCUCCCUGCCAGCCAGCAUGAGACUGCAGCAGAGUGCUGGGUACCUAGGAGUCAGGGAGGAAGAAUGCAACACACAAGGUGGGAGGGGCAGGGAGGAUGUGGCAAAAGACACCUUCCUCCAGAGCCCUGAUCACCACCUGCCAUCUUGCUCGCUCCCUGACUGGCAGUGCCCAGCUUCCUGGCUGGCUACCUGUGGCAGAGACAUGGCAGGUAAAACCCCAGAACAUGGUGAUCGCAGUGGUGAUGGAUGUUUUCACGGACAUCGACAUCUUCCGAGACCUGCAGGAAAUCUGCCGGAAACAGGGAGUAGCCGUAUACAUCCUUCUGGACCAGUCUCUACUCUCUCAGUUUUUGGAUAUGUGCAUGGAUCUGAAAGUUCAUCCUGAACAGGAAAAGCUGAUGACCGUUCGGACGAUUACAGGGAAUAUUUACUACGCCAGGUCAGGAACUAAAAUUGUUGGCAAGGUUCAUGAAAAGUUCACACUGAUUGAUGGCAUUCGUGUGGCCACGGGCUCUUACAGUUUUACGUGGACGGAUGGCAAAUUAAACAGCAGUAACUUGGUCAUUCUGUCUGGCCAAGUGGUGGAGCACUUUGAUCUGGAGUUCCGAAUCCUGUAUGCACAGUCAAAGCCCAUCAGCUCCAAACUCCUGUCCAACUUCCGAAGCAGUGGCAAGUUUGACCAUCUUGUCGACCAGAAACCAUUGUCCAAGGAGCUCACGCUGGGCAACCUGCUGCGGCUGCGGCUGGCCAGGCUCUCGAGCACCCCCAAGAAGGCUGCGCCGGGCUGCGCAGAGGGCCGGGCAGAGGCCAGGCAUGGGGACUCCGGCUCCUCCACCAUCAGUGAGGAAGACUACCUCGGCAGCCGCAGGGACAGACCAGAGAGUGGGAAGGCGACCGAUGCUGCCACGCAGACGGAGCCAGGAGAGGAGACUCUGGCUGUGAGUGUGAAUGAUGCAGGGACACAAACCGGCACUGCCUCUGCAUGUGCUGGCACCCAGACCACAGUCACCACCAGGGUGGUGAGCUCCCAAACUGAGGUCCGGUCCACGUCAGCCACCACCCAGACCGACAUGGAUGAGAACCUUCUCUUCUCUCAGGGAACCCAGUCGAAAGAAGGGUCACCAGUAUCAAGGAUGUCUGUGUCAAGAUCUUCCAGUUUGCGGUCUUCUUCCUCUCUGUCCUCCCAAGGCUCUGUGGCCAGCUCUAUUAGCUCCCAGACUUCCCUCCGAGCCACCGACCUCAUCACACCCGGGCACCCUACGUACUGGAGCACCCCCCGCUUGGAUCUGUGCUUUAGAGACUCAUUCAGAAACUUGAACAAAGAGCGGCAGUUUCACUUGGCUGGAAUCAGGUCCCGGCUCAACCACAUGCUGGCUAUGCUCUCAAGGAGAACAUUCCUUACUGAAAACUACUUCGGCUUUGGUUCUGGGAGUUUCACCAGAUCAUCAGCUCAUUUGCUGGCGGUCAGAGAUAUCACACUUUAUCCCUCCUACCAGUGACUGCUCUGCUCAUGCACAGCCUCUGGCUUGGAGUAGAUGACGUCAGAGCAUCCUGCUUUACACGAUGUCUCCUGUCCCUAAUUGCCUUUCUUUCACUCUGUCUUUGAAUUCUAGAAACUGCUCAUUACUGUACGUGCUUUAGUUUUAUUUUAUUUUUAAUCAUGUAUAAACCAGGUAUUGGUUUUACAUUUAAACACUAUGGGUACAGUUUUUUUGCACUAUUUUAUUAUUGAUUUCCUUUCAAGAGAAUGUUUCGGGGCUCUCAGGCAAUUCAGGUAAGAGAGAAAAUAUGUUUUGCAUUUUUCUAGAUAUGUGUACUCUUCUGUUUUAGAGGUUUGAAUCACUUGUUUUUAUGAUCAAAUCCUAAUUAGAAAAAACUUAAAACUGUUUCUUAAGUGUCUGUCUCUCCUUUAGAAUAUCUGUUCUUAGCAUUAAAUAGUU